GCACAAGUCGCUCCAAUCACUUCAAUCCGAAGCAAUCCAAUCCAAUGCGAUAUUUCAUAAUCGCUGUGCGUGCGCGUAGGCAGCAUUGACCGGCUCAGGGCUCAUCACCGUCAUCGCGUUACGGCGUUUCUUCACGCGGCCGUCGCACCUGAGUGUCGGGUUGCUUGAGGAAAGGCGGUUUUCUUGUCGGCCCGCAAAUGGCGUGCGAGCGUCUGCGGCGAGCUCUCUAUCGGGCCUUGUACGUUGUCAUCGGUACGUGCAUAUCCCUCUACGUCGGCAUUAGAGUCGGAAUACAGGUGCUGAUCCACGGCAAAGCCAUCCUGCAGUCGAAGGAACGCAAAGAAGAACCGGCCUGCCUACGCGAUCCGGCGCUGGGCCAACACGAAUUCGUAGAAUUGGAGGACGUCCGGCUGCACUAUGUCUCGGCCGGCGACAGGUCCAACCCUCUCAUGCUUUUCCUUCACGGUUUUCCCGACUUCUGGUUCACGUGGAAGGAACAGAUCCUGGACUUCAAGAAGGACUUCUGGGUGGUGGCUCCGGACAUGAGGGGUUACGGUCUGUCAUCGAAGCCAGCGCAGGUGGAAGACUACGGCAUGUCGUAUCUCAUUGAAGACGUCAGGGGACUGAUCACGGCACUCGGCAGGAAGAAGGCGAUUGUGGUGGGCCACGACUGGGGCGGCUUCGUUGCCUGGGUGUUCGCCUCCAAGUACGAGCACAUGGUGGACCGACUGGUCACGCUGAACUCCGCCCACCCGCUGGCCAUGAAGCACCAGCUCGAGAACAGCUUCGAGCAGAUGGUCAAGUCCUGGUACAUGAUUGCGUUCCAGCCGUCUGCCUGGCCAGAGAAGCUCAUCCAGAUGAGGGACUUUGCAAUGCUGGACAGGAUGCUCUCCAUGCUUCCAGAGGAAGAAAGGGAGGCGCUCAAAUACACCUUUUCACAGCCAGGAGCGCUGACGGGCCCCAUCAACUACUACCGGGCGAACAUCCUUAGCCAGGACAGGCGGUUGCAGGGUUUGCGCUACAGCUACAUCAACACCCCGACGCUGAUCGUGUGGGGCGAGGGGGACGCCUACCUGACGCGCAAGCUGGCCCAGCUGAGCAUCCAGCAGGCCUUUGGCCGCGUGGAGUACGUAGCCCACGCCUCCCACUGGGUGCACCGGCAGUGCCCCCGCAAGGUCAACGACCACAUCCGCACCUUCCUCAAGAACACCGAGAGGUCGACGGCCGCCUAACUUCGAGCCGCUCCGACCGGCCGUCCCAAGUCUAUUCUCUCUCCGACGUUGGACCGACCUCUUUCGGGACUGGGAAGGCAAACUUACGUUGUGUCUCCGAUGUAUGGCCAGCUUCUGGCAGACACACGCCCCACUUCUGGUCAACCUCUGGCCCACCUCCGGCCAACUUCUAGCCCACCUCCGGCCAACCUUCAGCCAGCAUGUUUGGCAGACGUCCGGCGACGGCUAGACUUUUCUCGUAGUGCUGUUGCAGCAAGGCAGAGGCUGCCAGUUUGGUCGAUUGCGUGGCUGGUGUAUGGCCGACUUAUGGGAACUCGCAACACUGCUUGGCUGCUAUGUGACAGGCAUGUCUCGCUUCGUUACUGCAACAAUUGUGAAUGGAAGCUGCCAGUUUUGUGAUGCGUAGUAUUUCGGAGUAACGGCGUUGUCAACUAGUUUGGAUGGUUGGUUGGAUGGAGUCUGGGGACGGAAUGACCAAUGCAUACUCGAAGCAUUUCAUAUCAACAUAGCCCUGCGGUGGCAAGUUCGUGGCAGUUUAUUGGUGGCUGCAUUAUUUGCGUGGCAACGGCGGGACUCGGAAAAUUUGCGGCAAGAGUGCGAUUGUGGUAUGUGUAUACCCGGAACACAAGCGGAGGUUUUAUGGUAGAGCGAUAAGCAUUUAAUGUGGCCAGAGUUGCGUCUCACAUUGUCUCCUGCCGCUUGAAAUUUUUAGGAUGGACUACUUGAACAGUGGUAGCAAGAAUUGUAAAAAGAAUGACAAGUACAAGUGGUUGU